CGGGCAGAAAGCAGAACAAAGUAACCGCACAUAUCCUCAUCUUUGCAAGUAUGUAUCAGUUACUUGUAACAUGCUGAUACCAGCGUGAUUGUUUGCAUUGCAUCUAUUUCCUAGAGUUAAUUGGAAGGAACCUUGUCGGCACUGAAAGUAAAAGGGGGUGUGCCUCUCCAAGACUAUUUCUCUAUGCGCCGGCUGCUCUCUCAGCUGCAUGAAAAAGAUUGGCUAAGAAAUCCGCAGUGUCACUAACAACGACCACAGCUUCAGACACGUGCUCAAGUCACCGGACACCUGACGUGCCUUCAGCAUCCCCAAAAACUCCGAGCAGCACCCCACGUAGACCACUCUGCAGCCUUCUAUGGAAGCUGAAGCAUUGCACUCUGUCGUGGUCAUGCUGCCUCCAAAGAACUGCAUCCCGAGAAACUACAGUUGUAUUGCUGGGCUUUUCGGGAGCUUGGCAGCUGUGAAUCAAGUGAAAGAAGAGGGAGAUGAGGACCUAAAUGGAAACUGCGAGCCAUUGGAAUUCCAGGUGGUGGAAGAAAGACCCAGGGGUAGAGAAAGCUUUCUCAAACCGCCACAGAGUCCAACACUGCGCCGCAGGUGCAAGUCUUUGCCGACCCCAACCGAGAGAGCCAAGCUUGAGAUUUGUCGGACCAGAAGCCCAUCAUGUCAGAAGAAGGUUCGCUUUGCAGACUCUUUGGGCUUGGAGCUUACUUCGGUCAGGCACUUUGACGACACUGAUGUGCCGGAGAUUCCAGAACGCAUCUUGGCCAAAUUCAGGUGUCAGACUCCCCUUUUUCUCAAAAGAUUUGACAAGUUUCCUUCUGUGCCUACCCAAACUGUUUUGAUGGAAAUGGAGUUCACAAAUCCAGGCACUCUCCCCGACUUUAUAGAGAAAGUGAAAGAGUUAAAAGUGUUGUUGGAAUGUGUUCGGGGUGACGAUUUCAGCCUCUCUGGGUUUAUAAGGGUCCUAAACAUUGCAUUCGAAAAGAGCGUUGCUGUAAGGUAUACUCUCAACAACUGGAUGACAUGUAUGGAUAGUCUGGCAUCCUAUGUUCCACAAUCGAAUGAUGGAGUUACUGACAGGUUCUCAUUUAAAAUGGUUGUCCCUACCUUUUUGGAGAGCGGCGGUACGUUGCAAUUUGCAAUAAAGUACACGGUCGGUGGAGAGGAAUACUGGGACAACAAUUAUGGGAAUAACUACAAGGUGAAACGCCACAAGUUUAAAAUUUCGCCGCCACGGGAAUGGGAGGAUGGCUGGAUUCAUUUUAUUUAAACGUGCAUAGCGAUCGCCGUCACACUGUGCGUUUUUGUGCGUAAAUUCCUGCUGCAGCCUAUCAGACCUUGAGAAAAGGCAAAUGCUACCCAAACGCCGGUUCUGCUUAGGGCUUUUGUUAGCUUUAUGGGACUUGUUCUCAUCACUUCUUUGGCAAUCAAAUUUGUCCUUACUCUGGGUGUUACAUUCAAUAUUACAUGUCUUCAGAUUGCAUUGUAACAGUUAAUGUAGACGCGUUUCAUUUCAAGUCGCUUUUUUAUUGACUUUUAUGUAACAUGUGCACGUGCAGAAGGAAACGCAUAGCAUAUGCGUAGUUCACGUAUCACAAGCCAGUGUCUUUCUUAGAUACUGAACGAAGUCAUCUGCCCCCUUCUGCACAAGAUCCUAAUAUUACUUUAUGGUUUAUGUCUACGUGGUUACACAAUGUCUAGUCAUGGCAGUAUUGUCGCCAACAGUUGAAUGCUGUAAUCGUAAAUGCAUCAUUCAGUGUCGUGGGAAUGGGAUUUUAGCUACAAAUCGGUUCAAUACGAUCUCACCAUAGUGUCCAAUCUUACAAAAAAUGCAUGUCAUACUUAUAUUUCGCUUACUUCUAUCUAUGCCUUAGCCCAUCGUAUCGAAGGGUAGACCUAUCUGACAUUGGUACACAGUGUACUAACCGGCAGAUUCAGACAGCCUGUCUGGUGCAUGUGAUACUCGAACAAUAGCCUAUCCUAUGGGGUGAAAAAACGUAGCAUCCACCCAGCCUACCUCAUGCCAAGUUGAAUGAAAUCCCAGAAUCAGGUAAAUUAGGCUACACAAUAAUAAAAUAAAAAAGUAUGAGCAGUGGCUGGAGCAAUAGAACACCCCACCCACUCUUAAGCUAGCACAGAUCAGUCAGCAUUGUCAAACUGAUGUCACUGAUUUCACUUGUAAAAUUAAACUCGUAGCAUAGCAUAUGUGCUUGUCAGACACAAUACUGUUCUUCAACACUGUUGUAAAUCUCAAAGUACAAAGUAUAUACGAUGUAAGCUUUGGUCUCUUAGUAAACAGGUUGCAGGCUACAGGGAAUGUGGUGGAGGGAUACUCCUUUGAACAAUGCUUCAGACUACUGCCUUACAAAUUCAGUAGGAUUCAUGUUUUUUUCUUGACACAAGGAUUCAGCUGUACAAGUCUGUGUAGGCUAUGCAGUGAUACAUUCACAGUGACAGGACAGAAAUGGACUUAGUAGAAAUUGUAUUUCUCUUGACUUGUGUUGCAGGCAUUGUUUUGUUGAUGGACUUGUUUACCUCAGAUCUCAAAAGGCAUAUUUAUUGUGAAUCUCACAAUACAAUACAGUGUCAGUAAAUCCAGGUUGAAUAUGUUUAUUCAGGUUCAGGGUAACACCUUUUAUUUUCUAGUAAAUCUAGCCCUACAAUGAUACAAGAAAGCUUUUGUCAUGGGCAGUUUUUUUUUAUAAUCCUCCAGAAGUAUUUUUGUGGAUUUUGUUUAAUCUGUUUCCAAAACAUCUGAAAUAUCCUUUCAUCAAGGAUUCUGCCUUCCACAAAAGCAGUCUGUCAGUAUUUGUAAAUAACUACAGCAGUGUGCCAUAAAGUCUUCAGCAAGCCAACUAUUGUAUAGGCUCUAUGUUACAAUCACUGUUCAUUUAUUCCACUUCUCCAGCUAUCAGAAAAGUGCAAUGAAUUUACUGAGGUGUUGGUAUUUAAUUUGGUCUUUAAUCUGUUUUUCCAUGAGUGAAAAUUAUGUUAAUUUUUUGUCAUCACAAGGCCUGUUAAAAGUCAGGUCACAUGGUUAAUCUCUGUUAACUUUAGUCAGUGAAGUGUUGGGAUAUCUUCCAUUGCAUGUUAUGCUCUCUUUAGUUUCAGUCAUUUUAAAAUGUGCUUGUUUUGGUUAACUCUGUCCAUCACGGUAAUAUAGAGGGGAUUGACUUGAGUUGAAUGACAUGUUGAAUGACUUGUGUUGAAUGACAUGUUGAAUGUCAUAGGAGAUUUGUUUUAGUCAGGUUAUGAGUUGGUGUGGAGCUAUCACUGAAAAUGUUUGCCUUCAUACUAUUUAUGUUACUGUGUAAAACUGGCACAAUAUUUAUUUAACUGGAGCUGACUAGGCCUGCCAGACAGUAAAGAAACUUGAACAUUAUCUUACAAAGACUGAUGGAUUUUAUGGUGAAACCUAACAUGCCCUGACACUUAUGUGAGAGGGAGGCUAUAAACUGCUGUUGUGACAGUUUUACUAUAAAUAAGUGCAUCAGUGUACCUACAGUCCGAAAAUGUGAAAAUAGUUGGUUCAGUCAGUCAUGAACAUCGACCAAAGCAAUAGUAAUAUAUGCUUUGAGUAGGCUAUUUUAUCAUCAAAUUAUACAAUGUUAGAACAUUUAUUUUUUUUACUUUCACAUAGAUGGUUAGUGUUGAAAAAAGAGUGAGUAAUUAAUGUAUAUGUUAGCAAUAUGGAGAAAGUAGUUAAGCCCAAAAAGUAAGCACACAUAGAGGCAGAUGCAGAGUGUUGACAGAUUGUAAGAAUGACUGUAUUCCCACAUUACUGUGAAUUUAUUAUUAUUAUUAUUAUUAUUAUUAUUAUUAUUUUUAUACUGCUCAAAUCUAUGUACGUUUACACUCAUUGUGAUCAAUUUCUAAAUGAAGCAGAAGCACUGUUUGAGAUGUCGGAGGUAAAUUAAUGGCACCACAAAGUUAAUUUUGUUGUGACUGGCAAUUAGGUGUUGAGGAGGCUGAAUCCAGGGGUCUGGUUGUAACUAAUGUGAAUGAAAAUGUGUAUCAAUGUGCUUGAUGAUAAAGUGCUGACACUGUUGACAUUGUCAUGAGGGCCAAAAGUCUUUGGCUUGGUUUGCACACUGUGGACUGGAAUUGAUGGACAAUAGUCUAGCUUCCAGAAGCACCUUUCACUUUCCCUGAUGAGCAGGAAUGAUUGUAAUUAGGUUUUUCAGAUCAGUUCUAUGUUGAUUAAGCAUCUUGUUCAGUUUAAAAAAAGAGUUUCUGAAAUGUAGCAACAUCUAAGAGAAACUUGUUCAACCAAGUUGUACUGCUUUUGGUGUUCAACUUAUAUUUUCAUGCACUUUUGCUUAUAUAUUUAUUUUGUUUACUGUACUGUAUUUUCUUGUGCACAUGGUUAGGCAUUUUGCAUAGCACUUUGUGUCUCAGAAAUAAUUUUGGAAAUUUGGCUGGGUUUUGUUUUUGUAUCUAUGCAACAUGUACGUCUUCAGUUAAGCUGUAAGCUUCAGUUCAGAAAAAUCUGUAUUUAAAUGUACAUUUUCCACUCCAUACCUGUUGCAUGACCAGCUUCUAAAAAAUACCCAUUGUUACUUUUACAGUGGAUUUGUAAUUUAUAUUAGCCUAUAUUUUACUAAUUCGUGGUAUUAAAGGCUUUUCG